UGAAGAUCGACUCUUCCCAGAAUUUCAAGCACUAAAGAAAAGUAACGACAAACUUGUAACCAGCCUGGCUAUCGGAGGGUGGAACUUUGGCACUCAGAAGUGAGAACUUUUCCCUUGACUUAAUGACAAAGAUGGUGAAGAUGAUGCUGUGACCUUGAGAACACACAGCCUCUUGCUGCUCCUUUGGAGUCAAUGGGAGCUUUGCUAUUGACUUCACUGGGGAUAGGAUUAGGCCCAUGAUGAUCAUGUGAAUGACCAGAUGUAAACGGCAGUAGUGACUGAGUAGCUGAAGAACUGGAUAUUGAUGAUGUCAUGGGUGCUGGUGAAAAUGGGGAUGGGUUGAAGAAAUAAGGAGAAGAAUGAUUCACUGAAAUGGUUGCCUCACCAGCUAAUCGUAAAACGUUCAUUGACUCGGUGAUUGCGUACCUCCGUAAGUUUGGCUUCGAUGGGAUUGACCUGGAUUUUGAAUACCCAGGUUCUGGAGACAGCCUCCCUGAGGACAAAUAUCGCUACACCAUCUUGAUUCAGGAAAUGCUGGAAGCCUUUAAAGCUGAGGCCGCAAGCACUGGACUCCCAAGGCUGUUGGUUACCGCAGCGGUAUCUGCUGGCAAAGGAACUAUUGAUGCUGGAUAUGAAAUUGCUGAGAUAGGGAAGCUCCUCGAUUUCAUCAGCGUGAUGACUUACGACUUCCAUGGAGGCUGGGAUUCCUUCACAGGGCACAACAGCCCACUCUGUGAAGGCUCUGCUGACUAUGGUGACUACAAGUACUUCAACUGUAAAUAUGCCAUGGAAUACUGGAAUGAUAACGGCGUCCCAGCUGAGAAGCUGCUGAUGGGAUUCCCCACCUACGGGCGUACUUUUAGGCUUAGCACCAGUGCCACAUCUGUUGGUGCCCCAGCAUCUGGGGCUGGGUCUUCUGGGGCUUACACCCGGGAAGCUGGUUUCUGGGCUUAUUAUGAGAUCUGCACAUUCCUUAAGACUGCUCAGGUACAAUGGAUUGAGGACCAGAAAGUCCCCUAUGCCGUUAAGGGGAACGAAUGGAUUGGAUAUGAUGACGUGUGCAGCUAUAAACACAAAGUCAAAUACUUGAAGGAGAAAAAUUUUGGAGGUGCCAUGGUGUGGGCUAUUGACCUGGAUGAUUUCCUGGGCUCUUUCUGCAAUGAAGGAAAGUAUCCUCUAAUAAAUGAGCUGAAGAGACUCCUUGAAACAAAUGAUCCGAUUGUGCCCAACUGCCCUUCAGACAUCCCUCCACCAGAACCCACACCUCCUCCAGAUGACAAUACAACUAGCUCUCCAGUUAUUCCCCCAACUGGAGAAGAUGAUACAUUUUGUGCUGACAGACAAGAUGGAAUCUAUGCCGACCCCAAAGAUAAUACAAAAUUCUACAUAUGUGCUGGAGGCAGGACUUACCGCUUCACCUGUUCAGCUGGUCUAGUCUUUGAUGAGAGCUGCAAGUGCUGUAACUAUCCAAAAUAUUAACCCUCACCCCUGGCUCAGAACAAACACGGAUGAGUAACAAACUGUAACUUGAAUCAUCUCUGGCAGAAUCCCUCUUGCCCUAUUAAAAAAGCCAAGUGGUGGUGAUAAGGCAUUAAUGUGUGUGUUGUCUGUCUGCUAUAUGAUUGGUGACUCU